CGCCGCCCCCCGCUCCCGGCGCGACGCCCCCGCGGCGCUGCCCCAGCCAUGAAGGCGGCGGUGGAUCUGACCAUCAUCAAGACGGAGAAGGUGGACAUCGAGCUCUUCCCGUCCCCCGACAUGGAAUGUGCGGACGUGCCUCUAUUAACGCCCAGCAGCAAGGAAAUGAUGUCCCAGGCACUGAAAGCCACGUUCAGCGGCUUUGCCAAGGAGCAGCAGCGGCUGGGAAUUCCCAAAGACCCCCAGCAAUGGACAGAGACGCACGUGCGGGACUGGGUGAUGUGGGCAGUGAACGAGUUCAGCCUGAAGGAAGUGGAUUUCCAGAAGUUCUGCAUGAACGGAGCUGCCCUCUGUGCCCUGGGCAAGGAGUGCUUCCUGGAGCUGGCACCUGACUUUGUGGGUGAUAUCCUUUGGGAACAUCUGGAGAUCCUGCAGAAAGAAGAGGUGAAACCAUACCCAGCAAACGGAGUGAACACCACGUACCCCGAGUCCCGCUACACCUCAGACUACUUCAUUAGUUAUGGCAUCGAGCACGCCCAGUGCGUGCCCCCCUCCGAGUUCUCGGAGCCCAGCUUCAUCACGGAGUCCUACCAGACCCUGCACCCCAUCAGCUCGGAGGAGCUGCUGUCCCUCAAGUACGAGAGCGACUAUCCCUCGGUGCUGCUGCGGGAGCCGGCGCAGGACUCGCUGCAGACAGACUACUUCUCCAUCAAGCAGGAGGUGGUGACGCCGGACAACAUGUGCAUGGGCCGUGCCAGCCGAGGUAAGCUGGGAGGCCAGGACUCCUUCGAGAGCAUAGAGAGCUACGACAGCUGUGACCGCCUGACGCAGUCCUGGAGCAGCCAGUCCUCCUUCCAGAGCCUGCAGCGCGUCCCCUCCUACGACAGCUUCGACUCCGAGGACUACCCUGCCACCCUGCCCAGCCACAAGCCCAAGGGCACCUUCAAGGACUAUGUGCGGGACCGGGCCGACAUGAACAAGGACAAGCCUGUCAUUCCUGCUGCUGCCCUGGCUGGCUACACAGGCAGUGGACCCAUCCAACUGUGGCAAUUCCUGCUGGAACUGCUCACUGACAAGUCCUGUCAAUCCUUCAUCAGCUGGACGGGCGAUGGCUGGGAGUUCAAACUUUCAGAUCCAGACGAGGUGGCCCGGCGAUGGGGCAAGAGGAAAAACAAGCCCAAGAUGAACUACGAGAAGCUGAGCCGCGGGCUGCGCUAUUACUACGACAAGAACAUCAUCCACAAGACGGCCGGGAAGCGCUACGUGUACCGCUUCGUGUGCGACCUGCAGAGCCUGCUGGGCUACACCCCCGAGGAGCUGCACGCCAUGCUCGACGUCAAACCCGACGCCGACGAGUGACAGGGACACGGCGUCGCCGCUGUCCUCGGGGAGAGCCCACGGGACUCGUUUGGUGGCUCUUCUUUAUUCAAUUUCGCUGUUCUUCUGCUCGUUUUUUUCAAGGGCCACUCAGAUUCGAGGCUUUGAGGAUGUCGGGGGAGAGGGGGGAGGAAGAGGAAAACUUUUGGGAAGGAUGGGCUUUUGUUGAUUUCCUGAAAGCUCCAAGACAGGCUUUUCUGGGGGAAAAUUCUGAGUUUUAAGAAAGCCAGAAAAAUGUAGCUCACUUAAAAAACCAACAGUCCCCUCCCCACCCUUGGCUGUUUAGAAAAAAGUGGGAUUGAAUGGAUCCCUUUGGUCGCUCACACACAAACUGACAGGUCAGGAAUGACAAUAUUCCUGAGGAUUUGAGGAAUUUAAACUUUUUUCUUUUGGAAAACCAAAAUGGGUGAAUAUUCUUGCUUUGGGGAGGGGCAAUAUAGGAAAAAAACAAGAACUGUUGUUCUUGUUCCAUCACCUUUCUGUCCAUUGUCUUCUUUUCUACAAGAGAUAGAAUUUUUCCUAGGAAGGAUCAAGACUUUUUUUAUUUUUUUUUUAAAGUUUUAUUUUAUUAAAUUUUGUGCCAGUAUUUGUUUGUUUUUUUUUUUUUUUCCUAAAUAGUCUUAAGCUCUAAGAUGGUCUCAGUAUUGCAAUAUUGUGUGUUUGUUUCUGUUCUGCCAGCAGAGAGUUUUAUCCCAGGGAGGAAAAAGAGGAAAAGGAAUUAGUUUAUGUAGACCCCACUGGAGAAUUGGAAUGCUGGGACUGGGAUGGGAAAAUGAACUCCAAAGUGGCUCCUGUUGAUGCUGGCUGGGGGUGCCACUCAUGUUUCCAGCCCCACACGCUGUGCUGAUAAUGCUGGUUGAAAUUCCUGCUAUUUUUUUAUCUCUGGCUGCACAAAUCCUCUCAAAAUUUCCAUGGAAAAUGUCUUUUUGCAUUUUCCAAAUCACUUCUUUUGCUCAAGGAACACUUUGGUGCUUAGAGAAAACUUUUUUUGGGAAGGAGAAAGGAGAGAAAUUCCCAUGUUUUCAACGUGGUAAAUGGAAAAUAUGCAAGUUAAUUGAGGGGAAAAAUCAGGAAAAUGUUCAAAACCCAAAGGGAAAUGUUUUUUCCUUCCUGUUUCAAGCAGCUCUGUCUUCAUGGCCGUGUGUGGGCACAGCAGAAAGGAAAUUGUCCCUGCAAAUGGGCUCGUUCUGCCCCUUGGGCUGCUGCUCACACCAGGCACGGCCGGGAUCGCUCCCAGGGCAGCUGCUCCCUCCCUCUGGCCUCCCAACCCUUCCUGCAGCUGGAUUGCUCUGGAGGGGUCUCUCCUGCUGUUCCCAGGGCUCCCCGGGAUGCUCUGGGCAGGCUGAGGACAAGCCCCCACCCCUCAGGCGUUCUUGCUGGGAGUUGGAGGCUCAGAGGUUGUUCCCGUAUCCCGAUACAAUCCCAAAGGCAGAUCAAUUCUGCCCAAGGGAAUCUUUCACCCCUCUGGGUGAUUGCAUUUAAAGGCAGUGUUUUGUACUUUACCAGAAUCCCCUCUCUGUGUGUGCUGUGUGUGUCUUUGGGGCACGGAGUUCAUUCCAGAGGCACUGUGGGACAGCUGGGAAUCGGGGCUCAGAGCCUUUCCAGAGUGCUGCAGAGUGACUCCUGAUCCCAAUGGAGCGGGGGCAGGACAGGAAUCUGUAAAAUAUCCAGAAUAUUCAGGCACACCCCCACCCCCAGGGGCAGAGCUGGAGGGGAGCCCAAUCCCAAAGUGAUGCCCAGAGGUGCUGGGCUCUCCUCCUUUCCCUCUGCAGCUGGGGCACCCAGCACUUCUGUAGCCUAAAACUGCUCAUUGUAGGGAAAGUCCCCAAAACUGCUGUGUCCUUAU